AUGGCAGCUACAGUCCAUGUCUACCGCAUUCACGAUCCGGAACCCUCCGUGAUUCCUCGCACUGGGCUAUCCCCUCAGUAUGCCUAUGGAGCCCAUGUGUUUCGUUGGAAAGAGUAUUUGUUUAUCACCUCCAACAAGAAGCCGAAUGUCUCCGGAGUCCAAGACAUUUCUUUGAAAGGGCUCAGCGAUGAGCAAGGCUUUCUCCACGCUGCAGCUGCUUCUCGGAAAGCACCUCAAGUUGUUGAACAAGCAUAUCUGGAGAUUAUAAAUAACGAAGAGCUCGCAGGAGAAUUUACAGCCGUCUGUGACCGUUGCGAUGCAGUGAUGAUCGAGUAUCUGGAAAUCGUGAAGACCGAAUGGUUGAAAUUUGCCGAGGCAUUCGAGUCUGGGCUCCAAUGCCUUCUUCAAACGACUAAGGAGGCAGAAGUAGAGAAGGCCCUAAAGCAGUUGAAGAAUUGUCUGCAUAUCCUCAGAGAUAGCAUGGGAAACGUCACCCACGAACAACAAACGGAGAACAUCCAACACCCCAAGAGCUGGGCGCUCGACUCCCUCCUCUGUCUUCUCGGGGAUUGUCUAGGCAGGAUGGAAAUGAUCAAAUGGGCAUUCGAUAUGGCUAAACCAUCUAAAGGGCCAUAUGACCUGCUCCGUCUUCGGGGUGAUUUGAUGUACAUCAAGGGACGAUACAAGCAGGGGAUAGGGGAACUGGACGAGAACCUGGCGCGUCUGACGGCAAAUGACGAUGCUGCAACAUCAACCCUGGUAGAGGACCUCGAGGCAUUUGAAGGCAUCAGAUUAACAGGAGAGAUGGUGAAGGAACAGUACACAGCUCUGAUGAGAGAACUGAGAAGGCUCGCUGGUGAUAUAGCGCCUGGUGUACCCAAAAGUGAUGAUUUUUCUCUCGCUGCGAACGUGAUCCUAAUCUGCACAUGUAUUGGGGUCCAUGCGGUCGCCCCCCAGCUGGAGGACGAUUUCUAUGCCAGGACGGAUUUUGAGAAUCAUGCUGCUGAGCUCAGCAGAUCGCCACUGUACCGGGAAAAGCGGAUCUCUUCUGAGGGCGCAGCAGACGAACUGGACCGCAUUAUCCUCCCUUUACGACCCAACAGAGACCCGGCUCCGUCCCCUGAAAUCAAAGACAGCGAUGUCUCUCGCCUACCGCUGCCUGAGAGGCGGUUGGGUAAAAGACUGAGGGUUAGCGAUUUAAGCCAACAGAAACGGUCGAAAAUGUCAGAGGCAAGUGAUUUCUGGUGA